AUGGUGCAACAUCCACCACUGGCAUAUGGACGAUUUGACCAUUCUGGAUGGUGCAACUAUCGCUCGGCUCUUUGUUUAUGGAAUGUCUUCCAGUCCGAUAUAAAUGUACACAAACCGUCGCUUGUAUUGGAAACAUCGAGCGGACUCAUGUGUGUCGCUUUUCACCCCGAAAAUCCCUCAAUUGUUGCUGCAGGUUCUUUUAAUGGAGAAGUCUUUGUGUGGGAUCUUGAACCUACUGAGUAUCGAUUCUAUUCUUCUGGUAUUGGCGAUUAUUUUCAUCGUGAACCUUUGACUAAAGUUGCAUGGGUCUUUGACAUUCAAAGUGGUGAUUACAAUAUUGCAAGUAUUAGUGGUGAUGGCAAAGUACUAUUUUGGCGUUUAAAAGACAAACUGGCAUUUCCUGUCGAAGGAUAUGUUCUACAUGUAUCAAAGAAAUUGGAUUCUCGGUAUCAUAAGAACGAGAAUAAACGUAUAAUUGGAGGAAAAGCUUUAGCAUUUAGUUGUUCGGAUAAAGCUAGUCGAGCUUUUAUUACUGGAUCUGAAGGUGGAGCUGUAGCUCGUUGUUUUGCCAAAAGCACAACAUCAAUUCGAGCAUCGGAAUUCAAAGCGUAUGCAUGUGCUAAACGUAGUAAGGAAGUGACAUUAGCAACUGUAUACGAAGCAAGACUUGAUCCGGUUACGAUCUUUCCAAGUGCCAUGGAUUUUAUGUUUGAACCACAUGGAGCUCCAGUAUAUGAUGCUGAUUUUUCACCAUUUCAAAAAACAAUAUUUCUUACAGCAUCAGCUGAUGGUACUAUACAUUUAUACUCGACAUUGCAAUAUCACGCAAUCCUAUCGAUUGAAGUCUCACCAUCAUCUGCUUAUCUUUAUGCUACUCAAUGGUCUCGUACACGUCCAAUGGUCUUUGCAGUAGCAAGUGAAGAUGGAAAUAUUUACGUCUUUGAUUUCAAAGUGAAUCGUGUGAAACCAGUUGUGGUUUUAAGUGGAAAAGACACAACAAGUCUUCUUGAAAGUACUUCCGUUACUGGAAAGACAAAGACUGAAGUAGCAGUUCCGAUGUUUACACUUGACUUUAAUCCACGACAACGUAAUUUUCUGGCAGCUGGAGAUGCUGCAGGAUAUGUUCACAUUUGGAAACUUCCGUGGCAAUUCGCGAACUUUCAAUCAGGUGAACUUGAGCUUCUUAAAGCAUUUGAAGAAAAUAGUUAG